AUGAAUCAUGUAGUGGAUCAGGAGGAGCCGACACCAGCCGCGCACAGUGGAAAAUCCGGAGCACGGCUCCAACAGGGAUGGAAGUCCGAAGCUCUGAACAGCAGUGCCCGACCUGGGAUCUCCCUGGACGCCGGUGGAAUUCAAAAUGGCUCGCAAACGAAUCGGGCACUUUUCUGCGUUGGCCGAUGGGCUCCGCCUGUGGAUCCCGGAACCCGGUUGUCAACGGCGGAGAGAUAG